AUGGCAAACCAGCCUCCCCCUUCUCGCCCAUGGCUCAUCCUGGGUUCCAUGAGGCCAGUCGCCACACCUCCAGCACCUGCGGCAGCAUCACAAGCUCAGCCUCAGGCUCAACCUCAACCUCCUGUCCCUCGUCCUAUUUUUCGACCCACAUUUGGUCAGGCAUUUAGGCCUACAACCCAGCCUCAGCAGCCUCCGCCACAACCACCCACUGCUGCUACUGCAGCUCCACCUUUCCGGGUUGGGAAUGUUUCAUCGGUUCCAUCUAAUCCGAGUCAGAAAACCACACCUCCUUCUGAGAAAAUCAAACCAACUUCUCCUCCCCCAUGA